GACUACAUCCAGGAGCAGUGGAUUGAGAGCACCAUCUUCACCCCAAAAGAUUGGAGUGUCUUCAAGCAGCCGAUCCGGACAAACAACGACAUAGAGGGGUGGCACAACGCUCUGAACCGCCGAGCCGGUGGCCAAUGCAGAUUACAGUUUUACCUCUUAAUCGAACUUCUUCAUCGAGAAGCCCGCUUAACGUCAAUAACAAUCAAGCUUGUUUCAGACAAGAAGUUGAAAAGAAUACAGACAAGGAAGUACAGGCAACUCCAACAGAAACUAUUCGACGCCUGGGAGCAGUACCAGACAGGCAAUAAGAGUGCUUCACAAUUACUCCGCUGCUGUUCCCACUUGAAUGGACCUGCUCGUUGCCAGUAA